GUCCGGAAGACCAAUGUAAAUAUUUUCGUGACGUUUCAUCUCCCGGAUCAUUAUUCACAUCCACCCAUUAAGAAGAAUAUCUGACCCAGCUCAUGACAAACACCGCUGUGUUUCCUGUUUGGUCCGUUUCUUUCUGACCUGACUGUGUUGCUGUGAUUUCGGCCCCUUCUCUUCGGGUUUCCAUCCACACUGCUGCUGCAGCUUCAGCUUGUUUCUUGUGUGUAACAUGCAGAAAAGAAGGAAGCCAGAGCCGAUCCAACUCAACCCCAUUCCCGAUGGAAACACUAUCAACGGCACCGGAGCCAUAGAAACAAACUUGGAGGCACUGCAGAAGAAACUGGAAGAGCUGGAGUUGGAUGAGCAGCAGCGGAAACGCCUGGAAGCCUUUCUGACGCAGAAGCAGAAGGUGGGAGAGCUGAAGGACGAUGACUUUGAGAAGAUCUGUGAGCUGGGCGCAGGCAACGGAGGAGUUGUGUUCAAGGUCUCCCACCGACCCUCCGGUCUGAUUAUGGCAAGGAAGUUGAUCCACCUGGAGAUCAAACCUGCCAUCAGGAACCAGAUCAUUAGGGAGCUGCAGGUGCUACAUGAGUGUAACUCCCCCUACAUUGUGGGCUUCUAUGGAGCUUUCUACAGUGAUGGAGAAAUCAGCAUCUGCAUGGAGCAUAUGGAUGGUGGCUCCCUGGACCAGUCGCUUAAGAAAGCAGGCAAGAUCCCAGAGCAGAUCCUUGGCAAAGUCAGCAUUGCUGUUAUUAAAGGGCUCUCCUACCUGAGGGAGAAACACAAGAUCAUGCACAGAGACGUCAAGCCUUCUAAUAUCCUAGUGAAUUCCCGCGGUGAGAUCAAGCUGUGUGACUUUGGAGUGAGCGGACAGCUCAUAGACUCCAUGGCCAACUCCUUUGUGGGCACACGCUCCUACAUGUCUCCGGAACGUUUACAGGGCACCCAUUACUCCGUUCAGUCGGACAUCUGGAGUAUGGGUCUGUCCCUGGUUGAAAUGGCUAUUGGACGUUUCCCGAUCCCACCACCUGACGCUAUGGAACUGGAACAGAUUUUUGGCUUUCCAGUGGAAGGGGAAGCAGCCGCCAGCGAGUCCUCCCCAAAGCCACGGCCUCCUGGGCGGCCCGGCAGCUCAUACGGACCAGACAGCAGGCCUCCGAUGGCUAUAUUCGAGCUACUUGAUUACAUAGUCAAUGAGCCUCCACCGAAGCUGCCUGGGAUAUUUAGCUCCGACUUCCAAGAUUUUGUGAAUAAAUGUUUGAUCAAGAAUCCUGCAGAAAGAGCAGACUUGAAACAGUUGAUGGUGCAUCCUUUUAUUAAACAGUCUGAGGCAGAGCAGGUUGACUUUGCCGGCUGGUUGUGCAGCACCAUCGGACUGAAUCAGCCUGUGACACCCACCCAUGGUACAGCAAUGUGAGACCUGUCUAUGUGCUCUCACCAACCACAUACACCAAGGUCCUCUAAUGCAGUGGUUCUCAAACUUUCUCCACAUCAAGGACCCCUAAACUGACAAACUAGACCACAGAUCCCCAUCUGAUAAGAUUAUUUGUUUUAGAGGAUUUAUUACAGAAAGUGUAUUAAACCCAUGACCAAAUUAGUCAUACAUUGUCAUUAUGUUACUUAUGGAUGGAAUUAAAAUGAAAGUAAAUUAUUGCCCUUUUGCUGGGGAGCCCCUGGAACCACCUCAAGGACCCCAGACCCUACUUUGAGAACCUCUGCUCUAAUGGCUGGAUUUGCAUUAUGGGUAAAAUGUAUCUGUUUAUACUAAGUAUUUAUUGGAUUAAAAAAAAAGGUUGUGCAAUCAAUAGUUGUAUAUUUAGUUUACAAACUACAAGCCAAGUGAAAUUAAUCGUGUAUUGAACAAUUAUUUGGUCUAUACUGGAGGUCUGCCUGAAAAGCCAUCUUUUUCUAAUGAUCAAAUUACUUACAUGAUAAAUGCUGCUCAACCUGUGUGCUGAUAUUUCUCUUUACCCCCUUGUCCUUACAGCUCCAGACUCAAAUCUUUGUUAGCUUAUGUGAAAUAGUAAGUCUUGUGAAUUAAAAUUUUUGAAUGACA